AUGAUGGGACUAUUUGGAAAAGACAAAAAAGCUGAUACGAAGGAGCAAGUUCGCGAGCUUCAGAGGAAAAUGCGGUCUGAGAUGCGUCAGCUUGAUAGACAGAUUCGUGGCAUAGAGCGUGAAGAAAUGAAAGUGAAGAAACAAAUUAAGGACGCAGCCAAAAAAGGCGACCGAGAUGUAUGCGUUGUCUUAGCAAAGUCUGUCGUGCAAGCAAGAAAAGCUGUCGCAAAACUUCAUGCCAGUAAAGCUCAGAUAAAUUCUGUAGUUAUGGGAAUGCAACAACAGUUAGCCACUAUGAGAAUGGCUGGUUCUUUACAGCAGUCCACUGAAGUGAUGAAAGCGAUGCAGCACCUUGUUAAGGUUCCUGAAAUUAUGGGGACUAUGCGGGAAUUAUCAAAGGAGAUGAUGCGUAUUGGCAUUAUCGAUGAAAUGAUGGAAGAAACCAUGGAAUCCCUAGAACCUGAGGAGUUGGAAGAAGAGGCCCAAGCUGAGGUCGAUAAAAUUCUUUAUGAAAUUACGGCAGGUGAAUUGGGCAAAGCUCCAAGUGCUGUCUCAGACACACUGGUUGGACCGUCCACUGUUGAGGCAGAAACUGAAGCAGUCGCGGUAGAUUUAGAUGAAAUGAGGCAAAGACUUGCUUCUUUGAAGAACUAA